AUGAACUUCUCGUCGUUGACAAUCGCCUCCCUCGUCUUCAUCAUCUCCCUAAUUCAAUCCAUCCAGGCCCAACACCCCUUCAGCUGGUUCCCUCGAGAAUGCGAUGCCGAUGUCGACUGCCAGCGCAUCUACGUGCCCAAGACCACCGAGUGGAAGGGCCAGGUCGAGCCGGAGGAGGAGCGCAACUACGAGAACUGGGUCUGCCGCGGGGCCCACCUUCGCGAUUCGGCCAUGAGGGGAUCGUGCCUGCCCCCGGUUCAGGAGAAGCUCGUCGCCGUCAAGCGGUUCAUCAUUCGCCCGCUCAGGAUGUCCGACUAU